AACUUGACUGUAUUAUGUGUUAAACUUUCAGUUGUUCGAAACAUGACAAUCAGAGUGAAUUUCGUAAAAAUAAGGGAGAAAUCAUCCGAAUAAAAAAAGAGUGUUGGAGUAUAGUAUUACAACAAUGACUCAAGAUACAAAGCGGCGAACAGGUAAACAAAUAAAUCACAGGAGUAGUGGUUGAAACGACAAUCAACCAUUUGUGUAUUGAUACACAAUUUUUGUUAGUGUUAUACAUAGCCUUUGGAAAUAAAAUAAUUUACAAAAACUUUAUGAAGGAUGGCCUAAAAAGUUCUACACCAAGACAAGAUACCUCAAAAGUAAUGUGGCCUUUUUCUAGUGACAAAAAAAGGAGGAAAAAGGAAAGUCUUUAAUCUAGCCAUGGGGCCAAAAUGGAAAGUCAUUUUGAAAGUAGAGUUUCUCUAGGUCUUAACAUUAUGCUUUCCUAGCUACAAUCAAGCAUCAUCAAGAAAGAAACACUACAAUAUUCCAACAAUUAAGCAAACAAUUUUACAUUUGAUAUUAGAGAAAAGUGACAUGAACAUGAAGCCACACAACAAACUCUAUCUUCUUCAAUUCUUACUGCUAUUCAAUUUCAUAUUAGGUUCUUCUAUACACCAACAUAAUCAUACAAACUACUUUGGAAAUAUCAGCACUCAACCACCUUUCUUGGCUUCAAAUUCUUCUAUAUCUGAAAAUUUGAACUGUUCUCAUUACAGCUGUGUACAUAGAAGAAAUUCUUCAAAUGAUGGAAUAAGAAUAUCUGUUAAUAUUCCAAAUCAUGUACCAGAUAUUUGCAAAGGCUGUGAGAAGCCUAAUGGAAAAUGUGGUGCUGGAUUGAAGUGUUUGUGUCAUCCAAAAGAGUGUAAAGACAAGGUGAUCUCCAAAGUUGGGUCUAUAAAAUCUACUUGUAGUGAGUUUUUCUCUUUGCUUUCUUUCUUUGGUACAAUGGCCUUCCUCAUCAUGCAUGCCUAAGUCUUACAAGUUUAUCCAAAUAUUCAAUUAUUGACAAAGUUGAAGAGAUAAAAAAAUCUUUAAUGUUGCAGCCUAAAUCACAUAUGCAGAGUUUUUUUUUUAAACCCUUUAUUAUUAGGCCUACUACUAUAGCCAAAAGUUUAGUCCACAUAAUAUUAUGAGGGAGAGUGCAGUCCUGAAUGCAUUGACAGCUACUAGAAUUGAGGAGGUCUAUGAUGGAACAUCAAGAAAUAGAAUUAUGAUUAGAAACUCUAUGCAUAAUGAGCUAGUUGUAGUGUACAUUUUUUAUAUGAUGUUAUUAGAAUUAUAUAUGUCAUUUUUUAUCUUUCUA